UAUUUACUGACUUGACACCAAUCGGUGAUGCCGACCAGAGGCGUGUAGUUUAAGACGCGGAGCAGUCGCUCACUUACACCAGAUGCCAGCAACAUUAGAUGUCCUGUCACACAAAAUCAACUAACCCUCGAUCUUUCUUCCUGGAUUGCCGCAAAAACAUAAUUUUCUAUUUUUUUUUUUUAAUGAAGAAUGGGCUGCGCAAUAUCAGGUCUGGCAGCAAAAGCUGAGUUUGGAGACAGGACUACAGAGGAGGCUGCUGGUGCUGCGUAUCCCAGCGAGGAUCAGAUUCAGAUGAUCAAGGAGUCAUGGAAAGUUAUCCAGGACGAUAUAGCCAAAGUUGGGAUUAUUAUGUUUGUCAGGUUGUUUGAGACCCAUCCGGAAUGCAAGGAUGUCUUCUUCCUGUUCCGAGACGUGGAGGACCUGGAGAGGUUGCGGACCAGCCGGGAGCUCAGGGCACACGGUCUACGGGUGAUGUCUUUUAUCGAGAAAAGCGUGGCUAGACUGGACCAGCUGGAGAGACUGGAAGCUCUGGCUCUGGAGCUGGGAAAAAGCCAUUAUCAUUACAACGCCCCACCUAAGUACUACAGUUACGUCGGAGCAGAAUUCAUCUGUGCCGUGCAGCCCAUCCUGAAGGAGAGGUGGACGGCUGAGCUGGAGGAGGCGUGGAAGACCAUGUUCCAGUUUGUGACCAGCCUGAUGAAGAAGGGAUAUGAGGAAGAGAGCAACCGACAGCGCCACCUAGCACUCUCCCCGAAGGAAAGACCAGACAAGAAGAACACAGCGCUAUGAGAUGCGUCUUUUCUCAACUUAAACUCACUGUUUUUAUCAGUACAGCACAGAAAUGUGUUCAUGUAUAUAGUGUAUUUACGGUCUCCUUUUCUACAUCGCUCAUGUUUACUGCAGUCAUUGUUUGCCAUUUUAUCACAAAUAAAAACUUGCAGUGACUUUCAACAACAUACUUUAUUUCUGAACUUUAAUUCUGCUGCAGUCCUCUUUCAUGAGAUCAGGACGCGGGAGCACGAAGAGACAGCACAAAUGGCGGUCAAAAUAUACCGGCUGUAGUUAAACCUGCUUUGUGUGACAUUAUUAGAAUUACAACCAAUAACGUCUAUGUAUUCAUAACUCAAACAUGCCUUUCAGUAAAAUCUACAACUUUUAA